AUGCUGCCACCCAGCAUCCAGAUCCACGAGGGACCUGGCCAAGUUGUUGUCAAGAUCGCUGACGGGAAACCACGCCGCGUAUCGCGGCGCGAAGUGUCGUUGCCGUACACGUUUGACGGCUUUCGCAGUAAAGACAAUUUCUUGGUGAUUGAAAUGAAUUAUUCAUUCGAUUGCAUCCUGGGCAUGCCAUGGUUGGCACGCUAUAAGCCCCAGAUCGACUGGUUAGCCAGAUCAGUGAGACGUCGAAGCAAGUUCGACGUCAGCGAAGUGUUCACCCAUCUCUUGGUGUCUCCAAGUGAUUGGCCGAACGUUACAGUCGUGGAUCGUACAUCCACGACACCGGCGGUACACAGAGUGAGCGAUGGCCCUCUCUGUACCGCUUGUUCCGUGCCCCUACGCACGAGUAAUGAUGUCUCCUCGCUUUGCAGCGAGGAGUCCGACGUGGACGAGAAGUGGCUCCCGCGUAAUGACGACGCGGACGAGCAGUGGCUCCCGCGCGACGACGACGCGGUCGAACAGCGGUUCCGCACGAGAGAGCAGUGGUCGAACACGAACAAGUGUUCCCACCUGCACCCAUUGUGGUAG